AUUAUAAACAAGUGCAAUCGCUAUUGCUCCACGUGUAUGAAUGAAGUGGAGGUCGAACAAGAUUAUCCAACUGCUCUUAUUGUUGCUAAUAAUCUUGUAAUGUCAAUAUACAUAGGUCAUAAGCAAAUGCUCACUCCCUCUUCCUCAUGAAUUUUUCAAGUUUUGCAGUUUGCACAAAGGGGAAUGCUAAUUAAAUCUAUUGCAAUAAACUAUGAAUAAAAAAUAAAAAAUAUCUAUAGCUAUUCAGUUCUUAAACACAACAGUGAAUUUGUGGGAAUAACAUGAGUUCAGCGUGUGCUGAAAUCUGCCAACAUCCAGCAUGUUGGAUCUCUGAACAGGAUGCGCUUCGAAGAAAAUUGACUAAUCGAAGAAUUGACCAAAGAAUGUGUACUGAUAACAUUUUAUUUGUCAAACCAGAAGUACAAAUAUGAGCAGAGAAAUCAGACGAUCAUUGAAUCCACAGGUUCUCUUCCAACAUAUAAUAUCUUGAACUUGCUUGAACAUGGAUUUCCAAUUUCUGAGGAUGACAGUGAUGAAGAGGACAAUCAUGUAUCAAAAAUGCCACAAUGGUCUGCCUUCCACGUAGAGCAAUUUAAAAAUGUUUUGGAUAGUGCCCAACCACAAUCUCCUCAAUCAGCAUCAGCAAAAUGUUUGGAGAGACUGUAUUUACGUCAGAAAGAGAUCGAAACAGAAGAAAGAAAAAAUACUAAUGAAAUAAUCAACUUCAAAACAUUGCAUUUAGACGAUGCGUUUUGUAUAAAUGAUGAUUUUGAUAAAGUUUACGUAUUUAUUCCUGGUAAAAAGUCUAAAAGACAAAAAACAAAUGUCAGACUAGAUGAGGACAAGACAAUGAAGGUGAAAGUAAUAGACGGUGACACCUUACCUGCAGACACAAAUGACUAUGAUGGGUUACAGGAGAGGCGGAGGAUGCGAAGUCAACCUAACCGACAUAAGUCACCGGAACGUUUACCACGGAUCUUGAACAAAGAUUCGUUAGAAAACUUUGACCUGUUGCAUCUGUUGGAUUAUCCUGUAGAAAGUUAUAUGCUGACAGAGACACGAGAAAGUGACAAUGUCUACGUUCCUAGUCCCUUACAAACUAGACAAAUAUCACUUGCGCAACCAAGACCGCACGCAAGCAGAAGUUGUGAUGACGUGAGACAUGAUAUGAAGGAUUAUGUACUGAAAACUAAUAGUAAAGAUAAAGCACGUGACAAACCUGUAAAAGAUGGCCUCGUUUUGCCUCGAUCACAUGUCAAUAAUAAAAAUCAAGAAACCUCUCGUAAAGUUUUACGCCUCACCAAGGUCAGCGUACCGAGGAAAGCCAUUCAAAAAAUCCCCAUUUUUAAUCAUUGCUCAAGUUCGAUCAAAAGGACAGAUCUUUCUCAAGUAGCAAUGCAGCCAUUGUCUUCUAGUGAGAACUCGUGUGCGCCCUCUUAUACUUCUUCUGCGCCCUCUGUGAUGGAGAUACAGACAUCACUUGAUGAUCUGCUUGAUGAGCAAGUUAGCAGUGAUGCGAUCGAACUAUUCCGAGUUCCUGCACCUUCACCAUUUAUAACGAAAAGUGAACCAUCAUUACGUCCUGUGACCGAACGACACCACAAGUUGAGUUUAGAAGAAGCUAUCAAAAGUAUUGCGGACGUCAGCAGAAUUAAUGAUAUUACUUGUACUGAGCAGAUGACACAGCUUGACGCAAAGAAACACUUGAGUAAUUCGAUAGUCGGCCACGGUGAAGCAUUAGUCACCUCAACUUCCCCUAUCGUGGUUCCUACAGCAUCAGUUAGUAAUGCAGAUCUGCGCAAUGAUUCACGUGUGUCGACGCUCAGUAAUCAUAGCUCAGGCGAGUGGACUAUCGACAAGGAUAUCAUUCGACGAACGUAUGAUACAUACGACUCAUUGACACCCUUUAAAACGCCCCUAAGCAGCCAGCACGUUAUUUCGUUAGAGAAAGCACCCACUGCACAAUCCGUAGCGUUGGCUGAAUUAAAGUCUUCCACAGUUAACGAGAAAUUGCUUUCUCAGGAUAGGCACGAUUGGAUUCAAUUUAUGCCUGUUAAAAAUCAAGGUCCUAAGGCGAAUGCUUCCUUUGUGAGAAGAAGUUUGUCACCUUCAAGAAGCAUGUUUUCAAGGCAGCAAACCACACGACCACAGGAAGCUGUACCUGUUGAGCUGAAAGUCUCCCAAGCUCAAAUCAUAAGAAAAGCACCUUUGAAUCGUGAGUAUUCUAGAUAUCAGAAAGACAAUACUGGCUUUCUCACGCCACUGCCAAGUUUUGUCACUGGAAUAACCUCUCCACUAUCCCCACAUGGAGAAAACAAGAAAGAACCUAUUACCAAAGAAGAUGCAGGUAAUCAUUUAGUAAAUCAAACUGUUGCUGAUGAGGAAAGAGAGAUUGAUAACGAGGUUGUACUAAAGAGUGACGUAGUGUCGUGUGAAAUGUUCACGAAUACCUCGAGUAGCCUUCAAGACGUUAGACCUUUAAAUACUCCUGGUCUUAAUGAGACAGCUAUGAAUAUGUUAGAUACAAAGUUUGAAAACACGUCAGAUCUUUUAAAAGAAGUUAACGUAGACGAGCAUGGAACGUUAGCUGACCAUUUGGAGCAGAAUCCGUCCCAUCCUAUCCUUGAAAAUAUUAACAUUACCACAGUAAAGACAUUGGAGAAAACUGCCGGGCGAAAAAAUACCGCAGAGCCACAAACAGAGAUACGGCAAGAUUUGGUGGAAAGAAAUUCUGCAGAAUCACUGGAAAAAAUCCCAAGCGAAAAGGAAAAUGCUUUUUCGGAAACGCUGGUUGACACGUCGGAAGAAAUAGAGUCUCCGAAUCAGUUUAAACAUUCAAUAACAUUAGAAAAAAUGUCAGAACAGAUGAUGAAUGUUGCUUCUACUGAGCAAGCUAUUCUGUAUACAGAAUCACAUUCUGUAUCUGCAACACCGACCAAGCAGGGGCACCGGGAUCAAAUGGAAACACCGGAAUUGUCAUUAAACGAUUUAUUAGCAGCACAUUUAGCUUCCUCUGAGCAGCGAAAGUUGCCGGGUAACGAAACGGAAACACCGGGAUUGUCGUCAAACGAUUUAUUAGAAGCGCGCCCCACUUCUGCUAAGCGAAAGUCAACGGGUAACGAAACGGAAAUACCGGCAUUUGCUUCAAACGAUUCAUUAGAAUUGCGCCCAGCUUCUGAGCGAAAAACAUUGGAGAAUCAAGCGGAGAAGUCGGGUUCUACUUUAAACGCUUAUACGGAGCAAAAAACAUUUGGAAACGAAGCAGAAACACAGCGAGUUGCUUCAAACGUUUUAUUAAAAGUAGAGGAAGAUCGUACCACAAGUGUAUUACCGGAAAUCCUGCCUUCAAUGAAAGUGUCUGCAGAAUCCGCGAAAUCCGGUCCAUAUGAUCUUAAUGAUUCUUUAAGUUCGACACCCUUCGAUAUAGCGGGGCGGUUAUCGGAUACGGCCCGCGCUAAAACCCCAAUUUUCGAUCUUAUUGUGCAAGAUUUUACCGACGGAUUAGAUUUGGAGCUAGAUGUGGAUGAGGAUAUCUUGCGCGUUAUGAAGAAUAUGGAUGAUUUCGUUUCAGAGGAUUUUGACGAUGACAUUUGAUUGUUUGAUUGGAUAAUAUAUAUGUAUAUUUUUUAUGUAAAAUUUGUAUACAUUAUGUUUUAAGUUUUUAAAUAAUGCAACUCCUUAAUGUCAUCAAAACAUUAAGUCACUCUACCGUCACUGUGUUUUUGUACUGU